GAAGUUUUCAUAUACCGUCGUGGAUAAUAUUGAAAAUCAAAAUUUUAUAUGAAUAAAUUUUAAUAAAUUUAUUUUUUGCUAUAUUUUGAUAAUCAAUACUACAAUGAAUUUCUUGUAUAUAAAAAAUUGUCAUUAAUAGAAUGGUAACCAAAUAAAAUAUGAAUCAAUUUAAAAAUUUAUUUAUUUUGAUUACCACAAUAAUAACUUUUAGUUUAUUAACAAAAAUUCCGUUAGGAUCAUGUCAGAUUCUAGUAGAUAUUUUACGUGAUAUUGAAACUACAAUACUUCAUACAAAAUUACCCGAUACAAAUGUAUUUUAUCCAGAAUAUGAUUUUGUAAUAGUUGGAGGUGGUAGUGCCGGGGCAGUAUUAGCAAAUAGAUUAAGUGAAAUUUCCAAUAUAACUGUUCUUCUUUUGGAAGCUGGUGAUCAAGAAACAUUUUUAAGUGAUGUACCAUUAACUGCUGCAUUAACAAGUAUUACACGUUAUAAUUGGGGUUAUAGAUCAGAGCCAACUCCUAAUGCAUGUAAUGCUUUAGAAUAUGGUGUUUGUUUUUGGCCCAAAGGUAAAGGUAUUGGUGGAACAAGUCUUAUUAAUUAUAUGCUAUAUAAUAGGGGACACAAAAAAGAUUAUGAUAAUUGGUCAAAAAUUGGUAAUAACGGUUGGAGUUAUGAUGAAGUCUUACCAUAUUUUAAAAAAUCUGAAAAUAUUAAAAUUCCUGAUUUACAAUAUUCAAAAUAUCAUGGAAUCAAUGGACCGCUUGAUGUUAUGUUUCCACCAUAUAGAACUAAAUUAGUCGGUGCUUUCUUGAAAGCUGGAAUUGAUAUGGGAUACAAUAUUACUGAUCCGAAUGGGGAACAAAUUAUGGGUUUUAGUCCAGUACAAGCAAAUUUAAGAGGUGGCCGUCGAUGUAGUACAAGUAAAGCAUUCAUAAGACCAAUAAAAAAUCGAAAAAACCUAUUUUUGUCAAUGAAAACAUUUGUUACAAAAAUUGAAAUUAAUCCUGUUACAAGGGCGACUGAAGGUGUAAAAUUUAUAAAAAAUAAUCAAAAAUUUUUUAUACGAGCUAGAAAAGAAGUUAUUUUAUCAGCUGGUUCGAUAGUAUCUCCACAGCUUUUAAUGCUUUCUGGAGUUGGCCCUAAAGAUCAUUUGGCUGAAUUUAAUAUAAGUGUAAUUCAAGAUUCAAUGGUUGGUUACAAUCUUCAAGAUCACACCACUUUACCCGGGUUAACAUUUUUAGUUAACCAAUCUAUUACAAUUUUGGAAUCAGAAGUUCGUAAUCCCAUUGAUGUUUUUCAAUAUAUUAUGUUGGGUAAAGGAAAAUUCACAGUUCCAGGUGGGGCAGAAGCCUAUGCUUUUAUUAGAACUCCAAAUGCAAAAGUUGAUUUUGAUUAUACCAAUAUGGAAAUAGUUCUUGGAGCUGGCAGCGUAAACAAUGAUUUAUCUGGUAGUAUGCGGUAUGUUUUGGGUAUAACUAAAGAAUUUUUUGACAAAGUUUACGGUGACAUUGUGGGGAAGCACGCGUUUAGUAUGGUUCCUGUAUUAUUAAAUCCAAAGAGUCGCGGUAGAGUUUUAUUGAGAAGCAAAAGCCCUUUCCGGUGGCCAAAAAUGUUACCAAAUUAUUUUAUGAAUGAAGAAGAUAUGCAAGCAAUGAUUGAUGGUAUUAAAUUUAUUUUAAAACUUUCUAAUUCAAAGCAUUUUAAAAAGUACGGAACAGAAUUUCAUCAAGUGCCAUAUGCUGGAUGCGAAAAUGAAAUAUUUGCAAGUGAUGAUUAUUGGAAAUGUUGUAUACGUCAGAUUGGAACAAGUCUCCAGCAUCAAGUAGGUACAUGUAAAAUGGGUCCAAAAGACGAUUCUGAUGCUGUUGUAAAUCCAGAUCUACAAGUUUAUGGAAUACAUAAUUUAAGAGUUGUAGAUGCUUCUAUAAUUCCAGUAAUACCAGCAGGACAUACUAAUGCAAUUGUGAUAAUGAUAGCUGAAAAAGCGGCCGAUAUAAUUAAAACCUAUUGGAAUUUAAAUUAAAAUUUAAGUUAUUGUUUCUAGUUCAUAAAAUUACCAAAAAAUGCCAGAUUAGAUUAGCUUAUAAUAAUUAUAUGCUGUACUUAAUUCUAGAUGUUAAGGCAAUGAUAAUUCUAAUAACUAGAAAUUCAAUUUAAUUUUAGUAUUUAAGUUACUAACUGCCAUUACAUCCUACUUUUAUAAGAGUUUUUGUGAUAUUUUUGUUUGAAAUUCAGAAUUGCAAAACUUAAUUAAAACAAGAUGAAAAGUACAAAAAAAAAAAAGAAAAAUUUUUCGAAAAAAUCCAACAUUUUGCUCUUAUUUUUUUUCGGAUACAAUUGAGAAACACAU